UGGGAAAGGUGAACAAAUAUUGGUUUGUUUUUUUCUUACACUGGGUGUUGAAGUCUUUUCCAAUGUAUCUAUAAAUGUUGCGCACUGCACAAACAAACCCCCAUUGCAUUGGGGUUUGCUCACUGGGAGUUGAAUUAGACCCAUCUGAGCUUGUUACCUAUGCACUGUGGCCAAGCUCAUAGUAGAAUCUGGCAUGGAUUCAAACCGCUAUGCAAUGAGAAUCCAAGUACAUUUCUGCAAGGGUAACUUUUUUUUUCAAUAACCCUACUGUGGAAUCAUUUAAAUGGGAUGAUCUCUGGAGGACAGAACCAUUUGCAUCGCAGGCCACUUGCUGAGUGAAAAUAUCUUUCCGUUUCCAUGCUGAAAUUCAGUUGGCAAUCAUCCCUCUUGUCGUCCGGUCUACCUUAAAUCAUUAAUGUAUUCCCUAGCAACUAGAGGUAUCCUGGGCACAACAGUGCAAGCAAAGCAUAGUGGGGGAGACAGAGCAACAGACUGACUUUGCACAAGAGCAGCGAAGGAGAAAAAUACAAAACCCAGUAACCUCUGGUAGCUCCAUUAAAUGUGAAACAACAUCCAUAGGAGACACAUAUCUUUCACUAGACAGGGAAAAAAAAUACUCCUAGUAAAUGCGAAUUGCUUAGGUCUACUCCUGGGAAAGGCUUAUUCCUGCAUAGCUAGGGACAGAGUCAUUUAUUUAUGGAGUUCUUUGUGGGAUUUCAGUGUUGUUUGCAGUUCAAAGGUGGCGGUGCUCUCUCCCUCACUACACUACCUCUAGUGAGUGAGCUGCCUGUCUUAUCAGGGGAGGGGGGUGCUGUGCAAGGCAGUAACGCUGUGCCCGGGACUGUGCCGGUACCAGCCUCCCCUCCUCGCCUGCCCUCUGAUCUCAGAGCUGCAGAGGGGAAGCUGGUACCACCAACCAGGGCCUGAAUCACUAUCCACCCUGUCCUUAUUUACACAGCCAUCUGUACCUAACCCUGUCAAUUAUUAAUCACUCUCCCCAGAGGGAUUUCACAGCAGGCUGCUUCCAUUUCAGUGUGUCUACAGGACUGGCUUUUGCAACAGAGGCUCUGUCCAAGCCCAGCACUUCCAGGUUGGAUUACUGAAUGGGAAUAGAAACUUUUAUUUACUUUCUAAAUGAACGCCUGACACACAAAGCACGUCUGCGGAGAGUGGAAGCGAGACCAGCGUUAAUAUGAAUUCAGUGGACUCAGCACCAAACCCACCAAGGACCACAGUGGAAGGACAGGACUCUAUCGUGGCCGCAGGGGCGACCCCCCAGCCAGCCAGCGAGGAAGCUUUAAUACCCGAGACCAGUCCAUGCUCCACAGAAGCGUGCGGAGGAACUGAUCCGAAACUGGGUACAAAUUCCCACCCAAAUGGUGCCGCAGAGAGUGGACAGCAAAACCACUCCACCACAGGCGUCCAUGGGACCCACAACCCUGGCUUCGUGGACGAGCCUCCUCCCUACACCCCGCCUGACCCAAAGACUGUUCACCUGCUCUACCCACCUUUCCAACCCCAGUUUUCAGGGCAGGGGCCCGUGGUGUGCCAGCCGGGACCAACAGAGACCAUCUUCUAUCAGCAACAGUUCAUCCCAUCAGCAAACUAUCCCUAUACUAUUUAUAUGAAUGGCCUACCCGCCCGUGCCGAGUCCAGAAGUGUCCCCAAGGACUACCUGGUGGAGUCAGUGCUGGUCAUGGUCUUCUGCUGCCUGAUGACCGGAGUCAUUGCUGUCGUGUACUCACAUGAGACCCGGAUAGCCAUCAGCAGAGGGGAUCUUGCCCAGGCAGAGAGAGCCUCGUCAAAGGCGCGCUCCCUGGUCCUGUUCAGCCUGCUCUUUGGGGUCUUCAUCUCAGUGAGCUGGGUCAUCUACGUGGUGGUGGUGGUUCUCGCCGGAGUGUGAGGGGAGCCCUGGCUCUUGGGAAGUGUGCGCCCUUAACCACAAGAGCUGAACGCUAGCUGCUCCAAACUGAUGUGGACGAACUCUACCGCUGGUUCUGCAGCUAAAAAAAAAAAAAGAAAAAAAGAAAUCAGACCAGGAAUGCGGCUUUCUGACUCGCAGAACACAAUCUAAUUGAAAUCACCAAGUGAAUGAAUCUUCCAGUCAGCAUUACCUGUAGAUUGCAACGCUUGGUCAUCUUCCACGCAGGAUCCUGCAUGCUUCAGCUCUGGACAGCAGCACAGCUCUCUGCGAUUGCAUUGCUAGCGUGCUUCAGGUGAGACACAGGAGACGAAUCCCACGUGAUUGGCUUCUAUACAUGCCAAUCAUUAGCAGGAAUCCCUGUAGCGAUUGGCUAACCUGUCUGCUGACUGACAUGAAUAAAAGCCAAUCUCGGAGAUCCGUUCUUUUGCUCUGAAACGAACCUGCAUUUUGCUCUCUCCGCUUUGCAUAUCCAAAGGCAUAUAAACCUAGGGUUAUGGUGUUGAGAGAUUAUAUAUCUGCACUGUAUAUCCCUGUGCAAGUCCAGUUUGAAGUGUUAUGAUUUAAUAAAGUACUGUAUACUGGUACCACCACUCAACAUGAAUAGAAUUUGAGCAAUUGCAUUGCAUUUCCUUUACGCUGUUACCAGCUUCCCCUACAAAAAAAAAAAAAAAAAAAAAAAAACAUCAUUUAUUAUAAGAAUUAAAUAAGGCUUACAAAAUGAUUGGUACUCCCCAGCUAUUGGUUCUCGACAAGGUAUGCAGAAUUGAAGCACAGCUUUCCUGUGGCAGAUACGCGAUUACAAACCUUGAUACAGAAGGGAUCAACCAGAAUAAGUGUUUGAUCCGGUUCAGUGUGAUUUUUGUCCAAACCAAAGUACAGUUGUGGAGCAUCAAAGUGUUUAACAGGAGGACUAGAAUCUCCAUGUUCAAACUGCAGCUCUGGCUGUCUAAGUGUUUUGUGGUGUACAGUGAGUGAGUGGUAAUAUUUACUGCCAAUCUAGUUCCAGGGUGGCGUCUCCUUCACCAUCCCCCCAUUGUUUCAAUAACACUGUUUAUUCCUUUAAUAAUGAAAACAGGACUGCAAUAAAACACUUACCAUGCAGACUGCAUUAAAGUGAGCAUCGCCUCUUCAGUAGAGCGUCUCACCAGGAUCUAGCCCUAUAUACUGUGCCACAACACGACACGAGCAAGCUCUUGCUGGAUUCUUGAUGUUGCAGUUCCCGCUUUAUAUACGCGAUCUCUGCUAAACGUUGCCAACACCUAGCUAAAGCCUAGAACUAGAUCUCCAUUAGAUAUUCAUCUUGUGCUUCCGAUCUCCUUUUACAGCCAGCUUACCCUGAGGGACAGUAGAGUACUGGCUGUUUUAACCAUGUGUUGCAUGUGACCUGUGUGCACAGGCGAUCACCUUGCGCUGUGGCGUUCGGGAUUUCUCCACAAGGAGCUUUGCUAUCCAGUUCACAAAGAAUUAAGUUUACUGCCAUCUCUGUAUAGCUUUAAGAGGGUCAGUGGUGCAUAUGGACAGAAUGCACUGAGCUGCUGAAGUCACCGUGACUGAGCUCCUAUCAUCCGUGUGUUACAAGGCAAUACAUCGUGCGUAGGGCAUCUCUCAUAGUUAUAAGAGAUCUCUCACAGUUUGGGCAGCUUAAACUGGAUGAAAUCAUCAUUAUAAUAAAAAGGUCCCCUACACAUGACGUAUUAGCUUAUAAACCUCAGAAAUGUAACUAAAAGUGAACUUCAGAACUGUCAUAUCUUCUAUGCGCGGGAUGACAUCUGCACACAGGAUAAGAUGUGGAAUUUUGACAAGUUCCUAACUGUGGUUGGUUCGUUUCUCGGGACGCGAUUUCCCAACCAAGAAUAAAAAGUGAUUGCAAAGAUCCAGCAACCCAGAGAAAACAGAUGGAACUUUGCUGUCAGAGAGCCUAGGCCAGGUGUUGCCGAGAAGUGUGGUUUAGUUUUGUGAGAUCGUGCUUAGAAAAUUUACUCUGAAAUAAAAAUAAAAAACCCCACAGGCUUUCAAUAAAGCUGUCCUUUAUUAAUUUGAAUAUAUUCAUUCAUUUCACUAUGCAUAAUACAGUAACAGGCAAUAAAUACACUCGAAACAGGAAUGAAAACAUACAAAUAAAACACAAAUCAGUGAAUCAAAGCCCAACAGAAAAACACAGAAGCUGGAUUAAUAGGGGGAGUGAAUGGAUUUUGUUUGAGUCGAUCGCAUGCUCUAUUGAUUACGUUGCACCUGGUUAACCCUUUCAGUCCCGAAUGAUGUUUGUCAAAAAGGAAGUCCUCAGACUGGGGCCCAAGAGUCCCGGGAGGUCCCAGCGUGAUUUCCAACGGCAUGUGUUAACAUACAGCACUAAGGCAAGGCAGGAGCUUGAGGUCCUGCCCGGCUGAAAGGGUUCAAAGAGUCUCCUAUUCAUUAACAUAUGGGUAGACCAAGAAAAACAUUCGACAGACGACAAAAUGAACUGCCGUGUUUAUGAAGUCGUAGUUGACCUUUGAGAACACAUAUCAUACCACUGCACACAGAGAGGACCUGCAAUCAUUUAUAAAAUCUACACCGUGUUGUUUAUCUUUUCAGCGUUUCUGGUUACAGGGUAACUUUCUGGUAUUAAAUUUCCUUACAGACUGUCCUUUAAAAAAAAA